AUGGAACAGCAAUCUUCCCCCGAUUACAAUGCGGUCUUUGAGGAUUCGGCGGACUCGUCGACGGUGAGGACGGUCCACCGUCUCCGUGCGAACUCAACAAUUAUGCAAGUCAACAAGAUUUUGGUUGCAAACCGUGGUGAAAUUCCUAUUCGGAUUUUCAGAACUGCCCACGAGUUGUCACUUCUUACUGUUGCCGUCUACAGUCAUGAGGAUCGUCUUAGCAUGCACCGUCAAAAGGCGGAUGAAGCUUAUGCUAUUGGUGCGAGGGGACAGUACACCCCCGUGCAGGCAUAUUUGGCGAUCGAUGAGAUUAUUAAGAUUGCUGUUACCCAUGGAGUGAACAUGAUCCAUCCCGGUUAUGGUUUCCUUUCUGAGAACGCCGAGUUUGCUCGCAAGGUCGAGAAGGCCGGUAUGAUCUUCAUUGGACCUACCCCCGAAGUCAUUGAUGGGCUAGGUGACAAGGUCUCUGCUCGUACUCUUGCAAUUAAGUGCAAUGUUCCUGUUGUUCCAGGAACUCCAGGACCGGUUGGUAAGGUCGAGGAAGCAGUAUCAUUCGUUGAAAAGUACGGAUACCCUGUUAUCAUCAAGGCGGCAUUUGGUGGUGGUGGAAGAGGUAUGAGAGUUGUGAGGGAGGGUGACAGCAUUAAGGAUGCUUUCACCAGAGCAUCAUCCGAGGCUCUGUCCGCUUUUGGUAACGGAACAGUCUUCAUUGAGCGAUUCCUCGACCGUCCUAAGCACAUUGAAGUCCAAUUGCUUGGAGACAACUUCGGAAAUGUUGUUCACUUGUACGAGCGUGACUGCAGUGUCCAAAGAAGACAUCAAAAGGUCGUUGAAAUUGCUCCUGCGAAGGACUUGCCUCAGGAAGUUAGAGAGUCUAUCUUGAACGAUGCCGUCCGUUUGGCGAAGUCAGUAAACUACCGUAACGCCGGUACCGCUGAGUUCCUUGUCGACCAGCAGAACAGAUACUACUUUAUUGAGAUCAACCCUAGAAUCCAAGUCGAGCACACUAUCACCGAAGAAAUUACCGGUAUCGACAUUGUUGCCGCUCAGAUCCAGAUCGCCGCUGGUGCCUCAUUGGAGCAGCUCGGUCUGACACAGGACCGUAUCUCUACUCGUGGUUACGCCAUUCAGUGCCGUGUCACUACUGAAGACCCUGCCAAGGGUUUCCAGCCUGACACCGGUAAGAUUGAAGUCUACCGCUCAGCUGGCGGUAACGGCGUUCGUCUCGAUGGUGGUAACGGUUUCUCUGGUGCCAUUAUUACUCCCCACUACGAUUCCAUGUUGGUCAAAUGUACCUGCCAUGGUUCCACAUAUGAAAUCGCUAGGAGAAAGAUGUUGCGUGCCCUUGUCGAAUUCAGAAUCCGUGGUGUCAAGACCAACAUCCCCUUCCUGGCUUCAUUACUUACACACGACACCUUCAUUUCUGGAAACUGCUGGACCACUUUCAUCGAUGACACCCCGGAACUAUUCGCUCUCAUGACCUCUCAGAACCGUGCUCAGAAGCUUUUGGCAUACCUCGGAGACGUUGCCGUCAACGGCAGCAGCAUCAAGGGACAGGUUGGCGAGCCAAAGUUCAAGGGAGAAAUCGUCUUGCCCACUCUUCUCGACGAUGCCGGAAAGACCAUCGAUGUUACCUACCCCUGCCAGACUGGUUGGCGUAACAUUUUGGUCAAGGAUGGCCCAGCUGCUUUCGCGAAGGCAGUUCGCCAGAACAAGGGAACCUUGAUUAUGGACACUACAUGGCGUGAUGCUCAUCAGUCUCUCUUGGCUACCAGAGUCAGGACUACUGACUUAGUGAACAUUGCCAAGCACACCAGCUAUGCCUACUCCAAUGCUUUUGCUCUGGAGUGUUGGGGAGGUGCCACCUUUGAUGUGGCCAUGAGGUUUUUGUACGAAGACCCAUGGGACAGACUUAGGAAAUUGAGGAAGCUUGUGCCCAACAUUCCCUUCCAGAUGUUGUUGCGUGGUGCCAACGGUGUUGCAUACUCAUCGCUCCCCGAUAACGCAAUUGAUCAUUUCUGUGAGCAAGCAAAGAGAAAUGGUGUCGAUAUCUUCCGUGUCUUUGACGCCCUUAACGACCUUGACCAGCUUGAGGUUGGUGUGAAGGCUGUUAAGAAGGCUGGAGGUGUCGUUGAAGCUACCAUCUGUUACAGUGGAGACAUGCUUAACCCCAAGAAGAAGUACAACCUCGAGUACUACAUGAGUCUCGCAGACAAGAUUGUUGCUAUGGGUACUCACAUCCUCGGUAUCAAGGAUAUGGCUGGUGUCAUGAAGCCCGCAGCUGCUACUCUCUUGAUCGGAAGCAUCCGCAAGAAGUACCCUGACCUUCCUAUCCACGUCCACACUCACGACUCAGCCGGUACUGGUGUUGCCUCUAUGGCUGCUUGUGCUAGGGCCGGUGCCGAUGCUGUGGAUUGUGCCACUGACUCCUUGUCUGGUAUGACCUCGCAGCCCAGCGUUGGUGCUUUGCUUGCGUCUCUGGAGGCAUCGGAGGAAGACCCACGCCUCAACAUUGAGCAUAUCCGUGCCAUUGAUGGAUACUGGGCUCAGCUCCGUCUUCUCUACUCUUGCUUCGAGGCUGGGUUGACUGGACCGGAUCCCGAGGUCUACGUACACGAAAUCCCUGGUGGUCAAUUGACCAACCUUAUCUUCCAAGCAAGCCAGCUUGGAUUGGGAACAUUGUGGGCCGAGACCAAGAAGGCAUACACCCAGGCAAAUGCUCUUCUUGGAGAUAUUGUAAAGGUCACUCCUACAUCAAAGGUCGUUGGUGAUCUUGCUCAAUUCAUGGUUUCCAACAAGCUCACCUACGAGCAAGUUAUUGAGAAGGCUGAGACCCUUGACUUCCCCGGAUCUGUUCUCGAUUUCUUUGAGGGACUUAUGGGACAGCCGUACGGUGGUUUCCCGGAACCUCUUCGUACCAAUGCGCUCCGUAACCAACGCAAGAAGCUCACCGAACGCCCUGGAAAGUCGCUACCACCAGUCGAACUUGCCAAGGUCAAGCAGGAGCUUGAGGCUAAGUGGGGAUUCGCUUCAGAGUGCGAUGUUGCCAGCCACAACAUGUACCCCAAGGUCUUUGCGGACUACAAGGAGUUCACACAGAAGUAUGGUGAUUUGAGUGUCCUUCCUACCAGGUACUUCUUGGCUAGCCCGGUCAUCAACGAGGAGUUCCACGUCGAGAUUGAGAAGGGUAAGACCUUGAUCUUGAAGCUUCUUGCUGUUGGUCCUUUGUCCGAGCAGACCGGGCAGAGAGAGGUUUUCUUCGAGAUGAACGGUGAAGUCAGACAGGUCACUGUCGAUGACAAGAGAGCUGCUGUCGAGAACUUGAGCCGUCCCAAGGCUAACCCCAGUGACCCUGGCCAAAUUGGUGCGCCAAUGGCUGGUGUUGUUGUGGAGCUUCGUGUCCAUAUGGGCUCCGAUGUCAAGAAGGGUGACCCAGUUGCCGUUCUCAGUGCAAUGAAGAUGGAGAUGGUUAUUAGUGCGCCGCACUCAGGAAAGGUGAAGCAUGUGGAGGUUAAGGAGGGUGAUUCGGUCGAUGGGCAGGACCUGAUUUGCAAUAUCGAAAAACCAUAA